AUGUCUUUAGAUUUAGAUCUUGAUCAAUUUAAUGAUCAUUUAAAUGGUACUAAUAUUGGAGUAGAUGAUGUCGAUAGUCAAGAUGUUGAUAUGGGAUUAAAUAUGCGAAAUAAUGGACAAAAUCAAGCAGAAAAACGUGCACAUCAUAAUGCUCUUGAACGAAAACGACGUGAUCAUAUCAAAGGUAGUUUUAGUGAUCUACGAGAUGUUAUACCUUCAUUAAAAGGUGAAAAGGCAUCUCGUGCUCAUGUUCUUAAAGCAGCUACAGAUUUUAUUCGUAAUAUGAAAACGAAAAAUCAGCAACAUCAAAAAUCAAUCGAAGAACUUAAACGACACAAUGCAUCAAUAGAAUUACAAACUCGUCUUCUUGAACGUGUCAAAGAAACAGGACAAUAUACUCGACAUAUAAAUAAUCAUCAUGAACAUGAACAACGAAUUAAAAUUGAAUCGGAAUUAAACGGAAUACAAAUAACAAGAAAUUUAUUAACAAAUGAAAAUAAUCCUUCGAUAAUACCUCAUACUUAA